UCGCGCAUAGUAAAAUGGCCGAGAAGCAGAAGCACGAAGGCAGGGUCAAGAUAGGACACUACAUCCUCGGAGACACGCUCGGAGUCGGCACGUUUGGCAAAGUGAAGAUCGGAGAGCACCAGCUAACAGGGCAUAAGGUUGCUGUAAAGAUCCUGAACAGGCAGAAGAUCCGCAGUCUAGAUGUUGUCGGCAAAAUCAAACGAGAAAUCCAGAACCUUAAGCUGUUCCGGCAUCCACACAUCAUCAAGCUGUAUCAGGUGAUCAGUACUCCCACAGACUUCUUUAUGGUGAUGGAGUAUGUAUCUGGAGGAGAGCUCUUUGACUACAUUUGUAAGCAUGGAAGGGUAGAGGAAACCGAAGCAAGGCGUUUGUUCCAGCAGAUCAUCUCUGCAGUGGACUACUGCCACAGACACAUGGUGGUGCACAGAGACUUGAAACCAGAAAACGUCCUUCUGGAUGGCAACAUGAAUGCCAAGAUUGCUGACUUCGGUCUGUCGAACAUGAUGUCAGAUGGAGAGUUCUUGAGAACAAGCUGUGGUUCACCUAACUACGCUGCACCAGAGGUCAUCUCUGGACGACUGUACGCAGGUCCGGAGGUGGAUAUCUGGAGCUGUGGUGUGAUCUUGUAUGCACUGCUUUGUGGGACCUUGCCCUUCGAUGAUGAGCAUGUGCCCACUCUCUUUAAGAAGAUCCGUGGAGGAGUGUUCUACAUCCCCGAGUACCUUAAUCGCUCUGUGGCUAGCCUGCUGAUGCUCAUGCUCCAGGUGGAUCCUCUGAAGAGGGCCACAAUCAAAGAUAUCAGAGAAGACGAGUGGUUUAAGCAGGAUCUGCCCAGCUACCUGUUCCCAGAGGAUGCAUCAUAUGACAGUGCUGCGGUCGACGAAGAAGCUGUGCGUGACGUUUGUGAGAAGUUUGAGUGUGCCGAAGCAGAAGUGCUCAGCAGCCUGUACAGUGGCGACCCGCAAGACCAGCUGGCUGUCGCCUACCACCUCAUCAUUGACAACCGCCGCAUCAUGAACCAGGCCAGCGAGUUCUACCUGGCGUCCAGCCCACCUGCUGGCUCCUUCAUUGAUGAGAGCAUAAAGCCACACCCUGAGAGGAUGCCCCCAUUGCUGGCAGACAGUCCCAAAACCCGGUGUCCACUGGACGCCCUGAACACCACCAAACCCAAACCCCUGGCAGUGAAAAAGGCUAAGUGGCAUCUUGGGAUCCGCAGUCAGAGCAGACCUUAUGACAUCAUGGCUGAAGUUUACCGCGCAAUGAAGCAGCUUGAUUAUGACUGGAAGGUGGUGAACCCCUAUCAUCUGAGAGUGCGCAGAAAGAACCCAGUGACUGGAAACUUUGUAAAAAUGAGCUUGCAACUCUAUCAGGUGGACAACCGCAGUUUUCUGCUGGACUUCAAAAGCAUUGAUGAUGACAUCAUUGAGCACAAAUCGGGCUCAUCCACACCUCAGCGCUCGGGCUCUGCUGCAGGUCUUCACCGGCCCCGUCUCAGCAUCGACUCGGCAACCCUCGCUAUGGAUAUACCGCCGCUCAGCAGCUCACUGCCUUGCUCUCUGCCAGGCAACAUGCCCAUGCUGGCACCACGGCAGGGCAGCCAUACCAUGGACUUCUUUGAGAUGUGUGCUAGUCUCAUCACAACACUGGCGCGCUGAAGCAAACACUCUCUUACACACACACACACAAACACACACUCAUUUAUAAACCCGCUUAUUUACACACAGUAAUGCUUUUGGGGGUUAAAUCACAUGUAGAUAUAGCCAGUUAUUAGAAUUCUCACCCAGUCAGACAAGAUUACAGACAUGAUGCUUGCUGCUAUACUGACGGUCCAGUUCACUGUAGCAGUCUGGCAUUCUGGGGCGUCUCCAGGUUCCAGAGUGCUUCAUCGGUUUUGUUUUUAUAUGCGUAGCAUUUUUGAUAACAUAAUCUAUUUAUAUUUCUCGUAUCAAUCACUUUAGUAGCUGAGUUUUACUGGUUGAUUGCAAUGACAUACCAAAAAUUCAGUUUAUAUGCAUUUAAAGAGAGGAUGAUUAUGCAUUUAUUAUAUUAGAUUAUUUAUUUUUAGAGAUAUUUUAUGGUAUUUAGUUACUUUACUCAAGUAUGUAUUAGUCGAGUUGAUGUAAUCGCAGGUGUGGUGUGAAAAGGCAGUUUGAGCAUCGAGAGCAUGACAAGCAUGUCAGCAAAUACGCACCACGGGUGUCAUAGAGCACAACACGAGAGCUCCAGUUGCAUUGCUUAAGCUCGAUUUGGCAGACGCAAGUAUGCAAUUUUUAGGAUUCUCCAUCUGUAAGUGAAUAUAGAUGGGUUCCUUAAGUGCAGUGCCUUUUCUUUUAGCUGCCGGAUCCCGGAUGGCUUGUAUCUUGGAAAUAACAGAAUAUUCAGUCAGAGACUUAAAAUAAUUCAUACAGGAUACGAAUCAAAAGAGCGAAUGCUGUGCACAGUUCGACUUAGUGGCCUUCAUCAAGGAAAAAAUGUAGAAGCACAUAGAGAUCUUAAAUAUCUAGUGAGAAAGAGUGAGAUUUAGAGCCAAAGGAAAGGACACGGAGAGAGGAGAAGAAGAAAAGAGGCAGAGAAGUAGAGCAGAGAGAUUUGUAUAGAGAGAAAAUAGAGAAUAGAGAGGAGGACGUGAUAUAAACCAAUCAACAGGAGAAAGCUAUGCUGAACUUGUUUUUUUAAUACUGUAUGGAAUGUGAGAUGGGCUGUAUUUGCUGACAUUUAGAAAUUAAAGUCACGAGCACUUAGGACUUAAAAUUUCCUCUGAUGCCUUAAAAAAGCAACCUAUAUUGUUUCUGAUGAUUAUCCAUGUGUAUGCAGCUCUAUUAGAUGUGUGGAUCUUGUUCCCCUAAGCACUGGAAUGUUUAGAGGCCCUGACACCAAAGUUCUCUACCAGGGGCUUUGCUUACUUCUAACGCAAUGAACUCAGAAAGAUGACUUGGGGAAUUCAGGACGGUCAUGUGUUCUCAUCCCAGCUCGUGAUCAGACUGAUACACAGAAUCAUAUCAUUCUUUUCAUUCAGAUAUCAACACAAUUUUUAUUUAUAACUAUAUUAUUUUAAAAAAUAAUUAAAGAGGACGAGUGAAAUUAUUGACAGAAUAUUAAAAUAUUUAUGGCAGCCUGCAAAAGCCUUUUACAGCGUUACAUGGUCCUGGAAACCUGGACAAUUCGACCGAUUAUGGAUAAUAGUCAGCAGGUGGUGAUGUUACCCCUUCAAAUACUAAAUAACACUAGUUGUGUUAAGCACCACCAUGCAUAAAUGUAGUGAAGUACAUAAUAUGUUAUGUGUUGUAUUAUGUAGUGGAGUAUUCAUUAACAAGAAUACUUAAGUACAGACCCAUAAAAUAGGUUCUUAAUCUCAGUAAUAAAGUAAAUUAGAAGUGAAUCUAAAUCAAAACAAUUCUAUAUAAUUUUGGCAUUUAAAAGUAUAAAUGACACUAAAUUCUCAAAUUCAUGGCCUCUUGACUUCACUCCCUUAGAAAGGCGAUUGCUCUGAUAGACUACUGUUCUGUUCCCUAAACCUAACCUUUUUUUUUUUUUUUAUCCAUUUUAGCACACAAAACUUUAUUAGCCUUCCACCACGUAUUUCCUCUAUGUUGGGUUUUUCCGGGUUAGUUAAUGUCUUUGGAGAUGAGUUGUCUUCCUGAAUCUUUCUGGGUGUCUAUUCUGUACUGUACUGAAUGUGAAAUGGCUUUCGCUCACUGCAUGGUGUUUGUGCAUCAGUGUGUUUCUGUACCAUGUUAAAUGUACAGUACUAUACCAUAACACAAUAAGGCUGCAGUAAAUCCAUGUAUAAUAAUAAUAAUAAUAAUAAUAAAUGUUUAGAUGGAGUGACUGAGUUUGCAAAAAGAUUUUUUUUAAAUAUCUAUAUCUUUUGGUUUGUGUUGAGGGAAAAUGUGCAGCCAAUUUUUAUUUUAUUUUAUUUAUUCUAUUAUUUUUUUUUUUUUUGAUAAAGGAGUGAAUGUUUUUUUUUUUGUUGUUGUUGUUUUUUGGUUAGUGGGCAUGUGGUGCCUUAUUGUAUCUUGAAAAAAAAAAAACUUCUUUGAAUCUCUCGAAGAACCUCAGAGAGUUUCUUAUACCUGGCUAUUGUGCUGCAGGUCUAGUAUGUCAUUUUAGUGUUUGGAAAAUUGAGAGGAUGUGCUCCCCCUAUUGCUGAAUCUGCGCCACUACACUGACAUUUAUAAUGUCAGUGUUAAACCAAUUUUAUUAUUUUACAGUAUAAAUACUUAAGUACUAUCAUCUGCAUGGCAUCCAUCCAAAUCAUUAAAUGCAACCAAAGUGUCGUUUUGCUUUUCAUUUUCAGUCUUGUAAACAUUGUUGUCUUGUGUACACAACACAAGCAAAGUCAGUGUUGUGGGUGUUUCAGUGUUCUCACUGUAUACUGACGUAUCAAUCCUAGUCUAGUUUAUUCUUAUUUCACAAAUUAUGCACUGCAUGGUGUUCUGAUUUGCACUUUAUUAUUUAUUGUACAAAAAAGAAGUAAAAAAAAAUGUAUUGUAACAUAUAAAUGCAUGUUGUCUUGUGGUUAUUGGGGGAUCAUUUCAUCUUCAGGAUAAAUAAGUAUGGUCAAGACACAGUAGGUGGGAUUACCGAAAUAUAGCACAAAAUACCAGUUCAUGAAUUUUAAUCAGGUUUUAAUCAUUACCAUUGAAGAAGAACUUGUAAAACUGUACGUGUGCAGCAUGUGUAAUAUAAACUUUGACCUGUUUUUAAAGACGUUGUAGCACUGUUACAACUUAACCAUUAUUUGAACACUUACAUGACCAAAAACAGGUGAAACAUUCACUCAAUAGACAUUAAUAAUAGAACUGUACAUGGAUUUAAUACUAUCAAAACACAACAGGACUCGACCCAGCUUUCUGUUGAGAGUGUUUAGUUUUGGUAAAGACUGCAUAACGAGAAUAAUUUAAUAUAAACCGAGGCUUAAGUGUUAAUAACUACCUAUAUACACUGCAACAAAUGCUAGCAAAUCAAAAUAUCUUAAAUCUGGUUAAGUUUAUCUAGCAGAAGAAUAUAUAUUAUGCAACAGUUAGUUUCAACCGAGUGAUCUGAUCAGAUGAGACACAUUCCAUGAGUGAUGAUGUACAGUAGAGCAAAACAGCACUGGGACAUUUAACACAUCACAGGUGUCCUAACAACCUUAAAUUAGACUAACUGUGGGUCACAGCAAGGGGGAU